AUGGAGCCGCUUGCAGAAACGCCAUGGGAUGUAACAAUCUCUGGCACCGGACUUGCCCAGUCCCUCUUGGCACUGGCCCUAUCGCGGUCGGGCAAGAAGGUACUCCAUGUUGAUCAGAACUCAUAUUAUGGAGGUUCUGAGGCAGCAUUCAGCCUCCAAGAAGCCCAGGAGUGGGCUUCUAAGGUGAAUGGGGAUCCUGAGCAUUACCCAUUUGAGGAUGCGACGGUAUAUCUUCCUGAAGGAACUCCCCAAUUGCCAACACGGUCCUAUACGGUCACCUUGUCUCCACACCUGAUUUAUUCCAAGUCGCGACUGCUACCUACGCUUGUGGCUUCCAAGGUAUACCGGCAACUGGAGUUUCAGGCUGUAGGGAGCUGGUGGAUACACAGGCCUAGCGGUGUUGAUGGUACUUCGGUCUUGUAUAGAGUGCCAGGUAGUCGCGAAGAUGUCUUCGCAGAUGACAUAAUAAGCGUCAAGUCGAAGAGGACCUUGAUGAGGUUUCUUCGCCAUAUUGGCAAGCCUCCACCGGAUAAUGAUUCGGAAGCCGAGGAAGAAAACUUGGCUAUGUCUCUACCGGAGUACCUAACAUCCAAGUUCCAGGUGCCCGCUGAGCUCCAUGAGCCUCUGCUGUCCCUCUCAUUAUCACAGGCUUCUCCUGGCCAGACGUCCGCUGAGUAUGCAGUGCCUCGAAUCAAAAGGCAUCUUGCCUCCAUUGGCGUGUUUGGUCCUGGAUUUGGAAGCCUGCUGGCGAAAUGGGGCGGUGGUUCUGAGAUCUCUCAGGUUGGCUGCCGCGCCCUCGCAGUGGGAGGCGGGGUAUACGUGUUGAAUGCUGGGGUUGAAUCAAUCUACAAUCUCCAUCAGUCUGACAAUGGUGACGAUAUGCGUGUUCAGUUGCAUCUGUCCAACGAUGAGACAAUCAAAACCAAGUUCUUGGUUGGUUCCAACUGGGAUCUUCCUGGACAAGGGCGUCCCGCUUGUGAUAAAGUGGCACGGUCCAUUACCGUUGUCUCAUCCGCCCUCGAGAGUCUUUUCCCUGUCACGGCAGAAGGCGGGCCAAUCCCCGCCGGAGCAGUCGUGGUAUUUCCGGGAAGCUCUUUUGAUCAGUCAGAUGAUCUCCCGCCAGUUUAUCUCUUGGUGCAUUCAAGCGAAACUGGCGAGUGUCCGCCAGGCCAAUGUGUCGUCUAUGGUAGUGUGAGCCAUGCUGGUGCUGGAGGUCAGUCAUUGAUUGAGAGUGCUGUGCACAGACUUCUUCAAACCAAUGCAGAACCAGAUGCAAAGGUCUUGUGGUCUCUGCGUUACACACAGUUGGGCCUAAGCAGCAACGGUGCCAAUGCACACUCAUCUAAGUUUGAAGGCCCCUCAUCCAAUAUCCUAUGCUUUCCACCCCCGAGUCUGGACCUUGGUUUCGAUGAUGCAUUGAUCGACCGGGUGAAGGAGGUGUGGAAGUCAGUCAUGGGGGAUGAAGCCAAUGAGCAAGAGUUCAUGAACUUUGAGGAGCGGGAGCAUGCCGAUGAUGACGACUGA